AUGGAGGAAGACUAUAAGCCAACAAUGGAAAAUCAACAUAGAUUGAACCCUAUCAUAAAGGAUGCCAUACGAUUAGAGGUAUUGAAACUCCUUAAUGCAGGAAUAUCUAUCCGAAAUUUGAUAGCAAGUUACAAUCAGAUUGUAGUGACUCAAAAAGAUCAGGAGAAGAUGACAUUUACAUGUUUCUACAGAAGGAAUAAUUUUGGGCAUAAAAUUUCAGUAGAUGGUAUCAAGGUGGAUAAAGUAAAGAUUCAAUCACACCCACUUCAAUUAAUUGUACCAAAUUGGGAAUCACCAUUUGAGUUGAUGUGCGACGUUAGUGACUACGCAAUAUGGACGAUAUUGGGUCAAAGAAAGAAUAAAAUUCUCCAUGUUAUCUACUACAUGAGCAAGACUUUGACAGAGGUAAUUGUCUACACAGAUCAUGCCACCCUGAAAUAUCUUAUGUCUAAGAAGGAUGCGAAGCCCAAGUUGAUUCGUUGGAUACUUCUCCUUCAAGAGUUUGAUUUGGAGAUUUGA